UGGGCAGAGAAUCUUGGCACUGGCACCCAAGAAAAAACGCCCACUGGGAGAAGACCCGGACGACGCUUAUUACUAUACUGUAUCUGUGCUGAUGUCCCUGCCUCGUUUGGCCAAGGAAGACCCCAGUGCCAUUAUUGCACAGCUGGUGCCUGGGGAAAGCCACAUGGACCCGAAGAUUUUACACUCUGCAGAGCACCCGGCGACGUCCUCAGCUCUUCUUGUUUCAUUUGAGACAUUGCAGCUCACAGCUGUGGACGUGGUAGAUGGGUUUGCCUUGCUUUUGGCAGUGUUCUGGGCUUUUAAUGUCCAGUACACGCCAAAGGGAAGGCGAACUUGUCUUCUGUUGGAGGCCCUGAUGGGCCUUGAACCCACCGCUGUUGCACCUAGCAUCGUGCAGGUAGCAACAUCAGUCAUGCGGGAAGCUAGUUAAGUGCCGUAUGGCUCAGAAUGGCUCACAUUGUCAGUGAGUGACAAACUUAUGACAGAAAUAUUUAUUUAUUUAUUUUUG